CCUCGGGAGCGGCGGGGCGUGCGCAGAGGGGCUGCCCGCGGUCAUUUACGCCGGCCCACUAUCUGCGCCUGCGCAGGACAGGCCGCGGUAACUCGGAAAAGCAACGCCGGGGGCGCGCGCGCGCACAGGAGUGCGCCCCGGGGAAGCGUCGAGUUCCGGGCGCUAGGCGGCGGCCGAGCACGGGAGGGAAGAGCUCUCCGUGUCGGCGCGGGCGGAGGGACGUGAGGAAGGCCCUACGGUGGCCGCGCAGGGCUGGCGCUACGGUUCCCACGCUGGGCCAAACACGGCCGGACGCCUGGUGCGCGAGCCCCUGGGUCUUCAGGGAGGCCUCGGGCGCGGACGUGUGGGUGGCCGGGCCCGCGGCCGCGAGCGGUCGGCACCAUGCGGCCGCACUGCCCCUGGAGCCCCGAGGGCCGCAGGGGCCCGCAGGCCCGGCCGCUAGCCUCCCUCGCGGCUCGGGACGCCGGCGCGGAGACGGCAAGCGACCCACACCUCCUCCGUAGCCCCACCGCGGGCCCUCGGGCCUAGGCCCAUGACGCCGAUGCUGACCGCCGCCGCAAGCUAGCGCCGCCGGCCCCCAUGCCGGUCAUGCCCAUCCCGCGGCGGAUGCGCUCCUUCCACGGUCCGCACACCACCUGCCUGCACGCGGCCUGCGGGCCAGCACGCACCUCCCGCCCGGCGCGCACCAAGUACAACAACUUCGACGUGUACGUGCGGGCGCGCUGGCUCUAUGGCUUCAUCCGCUUCCUGCUCUACUUCAGCUGCAGCCUGUUCACAGCCAUCCUGUGCGGCGCGCUGGCCGCGCUCUUCUGCCUGGAGUACCUGGGAGUGCGCGUCCUGCUGCGCUUCCAGCUCAAGCUGUCCGCGCUGCUGCUCUUGCUGGGCCGUCGGCGCGUCGACUUCCGCCUCCUGAACGCUCUGCUCAUCCACGGCAUCCGAGUCACCGUGCUGCUGGUCGGCGGCCUGGGCUGGUGCUUCAUGGUCUUCGUGGACAUGUGAGGGGCGCUGGAGCCUGGCUCCGGGUGGGCUGGCUGUGCUGCGUGGUGGGCGAUGCGCCGUGGCGACCUGUUCUUUGCUGGGGAGGGCGGGUCAGGGCCCUUGCACUUUUCACCCACCGACGCACGCUGUCUGCAGAAGUCCCACCCCUGCGCCCGGUUCUGGCCCAGGAGAGAAAAGGGCUGAGACUUCUGUGAGGAGAGCACGGUGCCUCCUGCUGGUUUGCUCCUCCAACUACCCCUGUGUAUGUAUUUAGGAGCCGCGUCCCCGGCUGCCAGCCUGCAGCUCCAGCCUAUACUUUGUAGGCUGCGCUGUGGGGUGCCGGCGGUCCACCCUGUGCUUGGAGAGCCUCUGGGCCCCUGUCCACUCUCCAGGACGCUGGCAUUACCAGUGGUGUGCGAGGUCCUCCAGGCUAGCUGCAGAGCCUCUUCUCAUUCACCCCUGGCCCCUGCCCAGCCUUAGGGAAGCGUCAGGCUCUGCUAGCCGAUAGCCCGCACUGCCAUGAAGCUCUGCGCUCCGCCCUGGGCUGCCCGAGUCCCGGCGCAGUCCACAGAUCCUCCUCCCACGGCCACCUUGAGAGGCACUGCGGGACCUGAGCCCCAGGCUGGGCUUCGGGGUCACCUUGGGGGGCCUGGACGCAGUCCAGUGGGGAGUCCCAGCUGUAGCAGGCUCGUAGAUUAGACUAGCUCAAGGAAGCACCAGGUCCAGGGUAGAUCUGUCUUCCUUCAGGGCAAGUCUUUUGAGAAUGUCAAGCUGGAUGCUGUGAUCUCUUCACAUGACUAUUUUUGGGGAGGCAACUCAAUUCCUUUCUUGCUUUUGGAGGGGGAGAUUUUGGCCUGUCUUCCUUUGAGGAACACCCCGAAAUGAGGCCUGUGUGUCUGGAACAGGUGUCAUGGCCUCUGAGUGUGCACCUGGAAACAGGAAGCUCUGGGUUUCAGAAAUGCCCCUAGAGUCAAGGGUGUGCACCUGGGCUGGGCCCCCGGGGAGGGCUCUACUAACCCUUUGUUCUUGCCUCAGCAGCCAUUAGAGCAGCUAGGGAGUAAAAAGCAAAAAUGAAUGUGGGUCAGAAAAACACAAAGGGCCAGGGUUUGGGGGGCUUUCAGUUGCAGAGAGAAGAGCACAUGAGAGGGCCAACGUCUUACCCAGACCCCUCACUUUGGCCUUCUCCAUCAGAGGGGGCCAGGGUGGCCACUGCGGGCCUUGCUGUCAAGUGAGGGGUCAUGCUGAUAUUUAUGCUGGACAACAGGCAGAGAUGGGUACGGGACCCAGGCCCAACAUGGAUGGUGACAGGUCAGCUGAUGCCACUUUACCUAACUGGGCAUGGGCAGCAGCCAGGGGAAGCUGUUGUGUGCCACUGGAAGCAAAACCCAUAUCAGGUAGAGAAAGCAAAAAAUACUUGGCUGUAAACCACGCUCUUUGAUUUGUAGCCAGCUUCUCGGAUGAUUGUCGACUUGAGGUCAGCGGGAAGGCCCCUUGGACGAAGUUCUCUUAAGAGUCGAGUCUGUCUGAGUCACGCGGACAGCAGGCGAGGAGCGUGCUGCGUGGGUCCCGCUUCUCGGCACUCAAAGACUCAUUUGCACUAAAUCAUGCUGUUUCCUAAAAGCUUCAUUUUGUGUUAACUAACUCAAUGCUACUCAGAUCCUCCGAAGCCCCCCUCACUGAGGUGGGCGCAUGUUGGGGUGGCUGGAGGAGUCUGGCUGUGCCACCUCGAAUGUCAACACGGCAGCAGUGAACACAAAGCUGCCCCGUGUCUUGAGUGCCUGUUCAGUUCUUUAUGAAAUGAGCCACCUGCAUUAAACUUAUUUUUUUAA